GAAAGUUUAGAGGGGCGAGCACAGACAUCCCUCUUGCAACGCAAUGAGUGCCGUCAGCGAGCCGCUGGCCAUCACCAGACCCCUGCACUCCUCCAGACGGCACAAGAGUGCACGGAAGACCUCCCGGAGGAUCUACUCACCCUAUCAGGACCAGCAGCCCGGCCAAUCAGAUGAGGAGGACAAAGAAGAUGAGAGGGUGGACAGCAAUGACCCCGAGGAGAUGUUCCAGAAUAUUCAGAUCCAGAAGGAGAUCAUUGCUAACAUUCGAACCCGACCCUGGCCCAUGAGACACAAGCUCAAAGCUCUCAAGCAAGCCCGAGAGAUUGUUCUGAAGUAUGAGGGCAGGCUGACCCGGACCCGGGGGUACCAGGCGGCUGGAGCCGACUUGCUGAAAAAACUGUCCCGCUUACUGUACAACAUUGUUGUCCUGUUUAUUCCAUGGGAGAUGAGGAUCAAGAAGAUUGAGAGUCAUUUCGGGUCUGGUGUGGCCUCGUACUUCAUCUUCUUGCGCUGGCUUUUCGGAAUCAACAUUGUCCUUACCAUCAUGACUGGAGCAUUCAUUGUGCUACCUGAACUGCUGGCCGGAGCCCCUUUUGGCACCACCAGGAGCAAGACCAUUCCCAAGGAGCACCUGGACUCUGCACAGGACCUGGACACCAUCUGGUCUCUUGGGGGCUACCUUCAGUAUUCUGUCCUCUUCUACGGUUACUAUGGUCGUGUCCGAAAGAUUGGGAGUGCUGGGUACCGCCUCCCUCUGGCCUACUUUCUGGUUGGGAUGGCUGUUUUUGCCUACAGUUUCAUCAUUCUGUUAAGAAAAAUGGCCAAAAACUCCAGGCUCAGCCUGGCCAGCGCAUCAAAUGAGAACUAUACCUUCUGCUGGCGUGUGUUCUGUGCCUGGGACUACCUCAUAGGGAACCCCGAAGCAGCUGAGAGCAAAGGUGCUGCCAUCGUCAACAACAUACGAGAAGCCAUUGUGGAAGAACAAGAGAAGAAGAAGGACACCAGUCUAGCGGUUCUGGUAAGUCUGAGGAUCCUGGCGAACAUCCUGGUACUUCUGUCUCUGGCUGGCAGUAUCUACAUCAUCUACUUUGUGGUGGAUCGAUCCCAGAAGCUGGAGCAGGAGAAGCCAGAGCUCACCCUCUGGGAGAAGAAUGAGGUGAGCGUGGUGGUGUCCCUUAUCACCAUGAUCGCUCCAUCAGCGUUUGAGCUGGUGGCCCAGCUGGAGAUGUACCACCCAAGAACCAGCUUGCGCUUUCAGUUGGCCAGGGUGCUGGUGUUAUACCUGGGAAACCUGUACAGUCUAAUCAUUGCCCUGCUGGACAAGGUCAACAGCAUGAGCUCAGCUGUCCCCGGCGCCGUGGGGAACUGGUCGGACUCGUCCUCCUUCCAGGCCACCAUCGCGUUGCCCGAGGAGGACAGCCUGGCGACCGUUGCACCUGAGAUCCCAGAGUCGCCAAGCAGCACUGUUGGCGUGGCUCUUCAGCUCAACAAGAGCGCACCGCCCGUCGUCCUCAACCAGACCGCGCUGUAUGAAUACAACAUGCGGUCGCAGCAGGACCAGUGCUGGGAGACGUACGUUGGGCAGGAAAUGUUGAAACUUUCGAUCAUUGAUAUGAUCUUUACAGUGGCCAGCAUCUUGCUGAUAGAUUUCAUCCGCGGGCUUUUCGUCCGAUACCUAAGUGACUGUUGGUGUUGGGAUCUGGAGAGCAAAUUUCCCGAAUACGGAGAAUUUAAAAUAGCCGAAAAUGUCCUCCAUUUGAUAUACAACCAAGGGAUGAUAUGGAUGGGUGCUUUCUUCUCCCCUUGCCUGCCAGCAUUUAAUGUGCUGAAACUGAUUGGACUGAUGUAUCUGCGCAGUUGGGCUGUCCUGACCUGCAACGUCCCACAUCAGCAGGUUUUCCGUGCGUCCAGAUCAAACAACUUUUACCUGGCCAUGCUGCUGUUCAUGUUGUUUCUCUGUAUGCUGCCCACCAUUUUUGCCAUAGUGAGGUAUAGGCCAUCUCAACACUGCGGGCCUUUCAGUGGCCAGGAGAAGAUCUAUGACAUAAUCUCUGAGACCAUUGCCUCAGACUUCCCACUGUGGUUCAGUAAGGUGAUGAGCUACGCCACCAGCCCGGUUGUCGUCCUGCCCGCCCUCCUCCUGCUGUUCAUGCUGAUCUAUUACCUACAGGCAAUUGCACGGUCACUAAAAUUCACCAACAACCAGCUGAGGAUGCAGCUCCAGACCGAGAGAACAGAAGAUAAGAAGAAAGUUUUCCAGUUAGCAGCAGCCAGGCUGCAGGGAUCAGAGAGUGACAAAAAGGUUGAGCAGGAGAGUGACAUCACCAGUCAGGAGUCUUCCAUCCGCUCCUCCUCCCCCCGGCGCAAUGGCAGCAUCGCCAACUUUGAGUCACCAGCGAGGCGGGGCAACAGCAUCUGCACCAUCACCCAGUCGGCCUCGCGCUUGAAUGUUGGCAGACCUGGGGGUGCUGCUCGGAGCCCCUCUAUCUCUGACCCUCAGAAGCACAGGAUAGAGCAGAUCCCCACCAGACAUCCAGGAUACCUAGGAGGCACCACUGGGUGCAGGUCCAAGUCUUACCACCAUGUGGCAUACAACCCAUGCGGCCGCUACACGGAGAAUGUUCACUCGGACCCGCUGUUUAGGAAGAGUGUUUGGCCCGGGCACCCAGACUCCCUGGGACUGGCCACAGCCCAGAGUUUCUGCGGCCGGCGCUCACACACCACACGCUAUGUCAUUGUGAAUGAGCAUGAGGCACACCGAAAGCUCCUCCGUUCUUCUGCUCGUAUCCCGCGGCACUACCGCCCGGGUGACCUGGGUGAUGUCGUGGAGCUGUACCCACGCAGUGUCAAGAAGUUUGCCCCCCGCGGCCCCCACCGUGCUCACCAGCCUCACCUCAGUGAGGAGGAGGAGGAAGAGGAGGAGGAGGGUGCGCAGAGUAGCCGCAGGGGCUCCCUAGGGCACUCAUGCCGCCCCCGCUCAUUGUUGGACAUCUGCCAGCCAGCCCCCACAUCGGCCCACUUCUACAUUGGAGACAAGGUGGACAGCCAGCUGUCCAUUGCACAGGAUGAGCCCUAUGAGAUGCUAGGGGAUGAGGGGCGAAAGGUGGACUGGGAGGACACAGCGUCACAUUCACUCUCCCAGACCAACAUCCCGGGUGUCCCAAGCCGGCACUGUGAGCCACAGGUCAAGCAGAAAACCAAGCACAAGGUGGCCCCAUCACUCACUGAGUCCGACUCGGCCUCUGUUGCAUCCAGCAGUGACCCUCAGAACAGCAGCACAGACCAGUACAUUCAGGUCAUCCACAGCAAGGAGAAAUACCUGAAGCCCAGCACCAAACUCACCAAGAAGAAGUCCAAAGCCAGCAUUGAUUUCAACAUGUCUGGAUCAAAUGAGCUGGUCUGCUCGAAUGUUUAAGUGUACUUUUUGUCUCUUUGUUUGAAUCUACAUGUAUGUCCAGUUGUUCAGCACUUGAAUGUUUUGCUGUUAUGUGCUGCCAUUUCAUUGUAGUUUAUCUUAUGGCUGCUUUUAUUCCCAGAUUGUACUUGCCACACAAAGCAAUUAAAAGAGAAACGGUCACUGUUACCAGGAGCUAUAGU